AUGCGCCGUCCGGGAACGCUGCCCAAUUCCGGCACGUCCGGCCAUCGUCCCGCCGCCACCAUGGAGGACGGUACCACCACGCCACUGAGCGUCACCGGCGAUAAUUGCACAUCGACCGGCGGCAGACUACAUUAUUCCAAUCACUCUUUACGCCGUACACCGCAGCCGCCGCCCCAUCUGCCAUCACGCGACACCGACAACCCCUCGGAAAGAACGCAGAACGACUCGAGGCUUCAGAACGGCAUACCCGGACAGCAUCACGCGCCUCCGCCUCUCCCCUCGAGACACCAGUCGUCCUGUAGCCAAUCUUCCUACCCCACCCUGCCAAUGAACGGCCACGCGACUCAUCAGUACCAUCAUUUCCCCCGCGAGAAGGAGAGAUCGUCAGCUCGCGAGAGGAGUCGCGAUCGAGAUGUCGGCGUUCAAUCCGUCCCUCAUCGGUCCGACAAGCACCGUGACCUUCAAAUGGAGAUGGAGAUGCGCGACGGGCUGGACAUGGGCGAGAUAGGGACGUAUCGAGCGUAAAACCGACGUACGCGCGAUGAAAACGGGAACAAGGUGGACUCGUUUCGGUGAAGGGUAGAAUAGGCCGAGUGAAUUGAAUCGAAGACUGAAUCCGAACGUUGAGUAAGGGACUCUGAUGGUGAACGAAAUUGAAACGGGCCUCACUUUGCGCGUCUUCGCCCAAUUCUCUCGUAAACGCAGUGGACACGGUCGAAGGAGCAAAGGCGCAUCGGAGGCGUUAAGUCAGCGAACAAUAUCGAUCGAUGGCCGAUCACGAAUGGAAUUGGCGAGCUCGUAGGUAAAUCAAUUCGAAGACUGAUCGCGACAGACGUCGGUGAACAAUAUCGACAAGUUAUUAACUGAUACCGGUACAUUCCAAUCACCUGUCUGCCAGUCUUCACUGGGAUCGGCGAACGCCAAUUCGGAUCAAAUUGGAGCGUUUUAAUCGAAUUGAAUUUCUCUGAACGUUGAUUAUACCGUAUCCCUAUGUAGACGGUUCAACAAGAGAUCUUGUGCUUUGGUUAAACACUUUUUUGCUGAAAAUUGUGUCGAGGAACCAAAAGGAAUGUACGGGAACGUGUCCGAAUUAUUUUGAACGAAGGUAAUGCUUCGCAUCGCGAAUACAAAGGUUCAUACGUCCGAUGAAAAUAAAGAGACUCGAGGAAGAACCAGGAUUAGUUAUACACGCGAAUCAAACGGGAGGAUCGAUAAUGAAAACGUCACGACACCGAAAGAAAAUCCGUUGAAAGGAAUAAUGGCCGACUGGUUAUCGAGAAUUUAUCAGAAGGUAUCGAUACGUUUCGCUAGACGUUGGACGUUGGACAUUCUCGUCACAAUGGCCCAGGGCACGCUGUAAGGACUCCGCUGUAAAAGAACGAGGUUCGUAAAGCAAGAUGGAUCGGAUUAAAGAACUUGCAUGUGGAACGUCCGUGAAGAACUGCGUCAAAGAGACCGACAGAGGGCAAGAUCAGUGUUGGUUGCUACAAUGGUUUUACGUGCGACUAUGAGACGAUCGUCUUCAUCUUGAAUAGGAAGACGGUCGUGUGCUCGAGACGUCGUGUGACUUUGAAGAUCCUUCGCAAAGAAUUCGUGAAAAUGGAACGAGAAGAGAAGUGGUUAAAAAAAAGAAAAGAGAGAGAGAGAAGAUAAAAAUUCCAGUUGAGAACAACGUUCAACAAAUGUUCCAACAAAUGCUCUCUCAUGACACAUCGUUUGUAAACAUCACUUUGAAAAGUUCGUACGGUGAAACAGCCGUAUCGAAAUCUGUAGAAGCGAGAUCGUCGGUUGCUCACAAAUGUUUUCGAUGGACGUUGUAUGGAAAUCGCACAUGGCGAGAUCAUGGUGAAAAUCGUUGUGAAUUUUCAAGCGCCUUAGAAAGCGAAUAACUUGAGAACAAAGGCGUGAAAUCGUAUUCAGAAUACUCUAGUAAGGAUUUCGAUCAUUCGUUUUAUCGCGUAUUCCCAGCGUUUAUUACGUCUAUGUAUAUUUCGUAUUUAUUAGAUAACUUUAUACUUGUAUUAAUCUUUAUAUCUAUUGUUUUAUUUGUAAGGAUUUAAGAAGGGUCGCUUUAUUUACGUCGAAGACCGAAUGCUUUUUUACAUUUGCUUGAAGUAUGUAAAUUUUUUAUUCGCAAAGAGUGAAUCGAUCAGUCUUGUUUGUAAAUUAUUGUAAAAUUAUUUUCUAAAUUUAAUCGUAUACAAAACAAACGAACGAAAAAUGUACGAAUUUGUAAUAGAACAUGUAUCUUCUGAAUACGAUUCCUAAUAAAUGAAUGCUGGCACGAAGCUGCGCGACAUAUAUUCGUGUACUUUGAAACAUUAUACAAAGUCGACCACUUAAUUAUACCUAAACAGUCACGUGUUACAACAAAAGGCGAUCUCAAGUUCGAUAGCGUGUCAUUGCACAACCUAAUCGAAGGAAGGAAGGUGGUAAAAUCGAAGGAAUUUGCAAGUUCGAAAGUAACCUCGACUGCCAAGAAUAAUCGCUCAACUGAAUAUUCUCUUGUCCUUCACGAAUCUGAAACGUAAAUCUCUAACGAACUUUCCUGGACCGGAAGGAACUUUCGUGAAACUAGAACUCGAUCGUGAACUUAGGCUUCAACUAUUCAGGGUGACAAUACACUGUCUCGUGCUCUUUCAAAUCACCAUUCAACUGUACUUAAAACACUCAUUUAAAAUUACCUUCUCUUAUUCUUUAAAUUCAUAUUACUGUUAUUUUUCUAUUCUUUUGCUUUAUAAUUAUAGUACGUUAUUUAAAAAAAGAAAAUGGUGAAACAAUAAAUCUUCUUUCCCCGAUACUGAUGAAUAAUAAAUUCAAAUCUUUAUGCA